GCGAAGGGUGGAGGACGCGGCCAGGUGCCCAGCCUGCCCGGGCCUGAAGACCGAGGAGAGAGGGGACAGAGUGGAAAGGCUCGGAGGAAGGCGACCCGCGCUCUCCGCUCCGGGCUCCCACCACUUGCUAUCAGGCAGCACCGCGGACACCUCUGCUCCACGGUGAUUGGCCAGCGGCGGGGUCCUCGCGGUCGUCCAAUAUGGCGGCGCCCAGUGGAGGUGUGAACUGUGAAGAGUUCGCCGAGUUCCAGGAACUACUCAAGGUGAUGAGGACAAUUGAUGACAGAAUAGUACAUGAAUUAAACACUACGGUGCCAACAGCUUCCUUUGCAGGGAAGAUUGAUGCCAGCCAAACCUGUAAACAGCUUUAUGAGUCUUUGAUGGCAGCUCAUGUCAGUAGGGACAGAGUUAUAAAGAACUGUAUAGCCCAGACCUCAGAAGUGGUAAAAAGUCUCCGAGAGGAAAGAGAGAAGAACCUGGAUGACUUAACGUUAUUAAAGCAGCUUAGAAAAGAACAGACAAAGUUGAAAUGGAUGCAGUCAGAACUAAAUGUUGAAGAAGUGGUGAAUGACAGGAGCUGGAAGGUGUUUAAUGAACGCUGCCGAAUUCACUUCAAGCCUCCAAAGAAUGAGUAGAGAGAGUUUUUUUUUUUUUUUUUUUUAAAAAAAAAAAAAAGACCUGGUCAUCUCAUCAACUAAGCAUGACAGACGUCAUCAGGGCAGGCUCCAGGGGAUGGUCUCCGAGCCAGCAGGCCAAUUCUCAUAAUUAUAAUAAUCAAUUACUAUUUUAUACUGAUUCUGUACAAAUGUUUUGUAACUAUUAAAAUAAUUUUCUGA